AUGCGUUUUUUCGAGAUUGCUACUGUCCUUGCGGCCGCUGGUGCCGUCCAGGCUGCUCCCAUGGAGAAGAGGGCUGCCGCCGUCGAUGAACUUGUCGGUUUUGCCGCCGGCACAACCGGUGGUGGAAGCGGAGCUGGCACGACUGUCAGCGACUGCGCCGGUCUGACUGCUGCCGCGAAGAAGGGCGGUGUCAUCAAGGUCAAGGGUACCCUCACUGGAUGCGGCAUCGUCAAGAUCGUCAGCAACACCAGUGUCCUUGGAGUUGGCGCCAACGCAGGUCUUACCGAUGGUGGCUUCCAGGUCAGGAAGGCGGAUAACGUUAUCAUCCGUAACCUGAAGUUCUACCGCGCACCCAAGGGAAAGGACCUUGUCGAUAUUGACGCUUCUACUCGUGUCUGGGUUGACCACAACGACUUCUCCUCCGUUGGCAUCACUGGUGACAAGGACACCUACGAUGGUCUCCUCGAUGCUAAGCACGGCGCCGAUUCGCUGACCUUCUCCUGGAACAAGUUCCACGACCACUGGAAGGGCUCCCUCGUCGGCCACUCCGACAACAACGCCGGCGAAGACAGCGGCAAGCUGCGCGUCACCUACCACCACAACGACUUCCAGAAGGUCAACUCCCGCCUCCCCUCGGUCCGUUUCGGAACCGCCCACGUCUACAGCUCGUGCUACAACGGCGGUAUCUCCGGCGUCAACAGCCGCAUGGGAGCUCAGGUCCUCGUUGAGAACACCUCCUUCACCGGUGUCGAGCGGGCUAUUGUCACCAACCUCGACUCGGACGAGGAGGGCUCCGCCAACGAGCGCAACAACCUCUUCACCUCCUCGACUACCGAGAUCACCAAGAAGAACACCUGGACUCCUAGCUACAAGUACACCGCCGACGCCGCUGCCUCUGCUUGCAGCAUCGUUGCCAAGUCUGCUGGUGUUGGUGUCGUCACCUUCUAA